GCCGCGUGAGUGGCUGUGCCGCGUGAGGGGGCGUGGCCCCAUGGUGGGCGUGGCUCUCACCACGUGACGCGGAAGACUCGCAGUGGCCGCUUAACCCUUGCAGGCAUGGCGUUGCUGCUGGACCACGAGUUCCCUGAGUUGGCGCUAGAUCAGGACGUGAACACCCAGCGGUUCCUGGACAGCGUUCAGCACAUACCUCCAUUCUUCGACUGCCUGGGGUCUACAGUGUUCAUGCCGAUCAAGUCGGACGUCAGUGGAAACAUCGAGAAGCUCCGUGCGGUCUACCUUACGGACCCGGUGCGUCUCUCCACGCUGCGUGGCCUCGUGAUCCACGAGAGAGACGCCGGCGACGCCGAGUGGCCACGCUCGGGGGCCACCCUGGCACUCAUGUGGCUCAAGCGGGGUCUCCGCUUCAUCCAGACGCUGCUGCAGAGUUUGGUGGACGGAGUUCGCGACGAGCGGCACCCAAACCACAUGACGGUCAACGCCACCCUCGCCUACACAGCGUCACUGCGGAGAUAUCACGGGUGGCUCGUGAGGGGGGUCUUCUCCGCGGCCGUGCACGGCGCUCCGUACCGCUCAGAUUUCCUGCGGGCUCUGUCCAAGGGUGCAGCCGUGCCCGAAGAACUCUGCCUGGAGCAGAUCGCCCUGUUCCUGAGAAACUUCACCCCGCACGUGGACGCCAUCUACCGCCUCUACGAUGAGCUGGGGGCGGAGCUAGACUACACAGCAUAGACACAGCAUACACACAGCAUACACACAGCGUACACACACAGCGUACACACACACAGCGUACACACACACAACAGAUCGCCCUGUUCCUGAGAAACUUCACCCCGCACGUGGACGCCAUCUACCGCCUCUAUGAUGAGCUGGGGGCGGAGCUAGACUACACAGCAUAGACACAGCAUACACACAGCAUACACACAGCGUACACACACAGCGUACACACACACAGCGUACACACAGCGUACACACACAGCGUACACACACAGCGUACACACACAGC